AUGUCAGAAGAAACAAAACAUGACGCACAACUGAUGGAUAGCGACAGUGAUGAUUAUGAUGAUGAUAUGAAUUUUGACAACAUCAAGCUAGAAGGUGAAACAAAUAAUGGAACUAUUCAACAAUCUAUGAAACAUUUUCAACCGACAAGCAAAACUUUAUCAAAAUAUGUCGACAAAAUUGAUGUGAGUCCAUAUUCACCUCGCACAGGUCAUGUCGAUGAUGGAAAAUAUCGUUCGAAAGAUAAACAUGAUCGUGCAACUGUUGAACAAGUUCUUGAUCCACGUACACGUUUAAUUCUAUUUAAAUUUCUUCAGCAAGGCUUAGUCGACGAAAUUAAUGGUUGUAUAUCGACCGGAAAAGAAGCCAAUGUUUAUUAUGCAAAAACAAAUAACAACGAACAUCGAGCUAUUAAAGUUUUCAAAACAUCAAUACUUGUCUUUAAGGACCGAGAUAGAUAUGUUACCGGUGAAUAUCGUUUUCGACACGGUUAUUCAAGACAUAAUCCAAGAAAAAUGGUUCGAUUAUGGGCAGAAAAAGAGUACAGAAAUUUAUCACGUUUAUAUACCAAUGGAAUUCCGUGUCCAAAGCCCAUUGCACUUAAAAAUCAUGUGCUCGUUAUGGAAUUUAUCGGUGAAAAUGGUUGGCCAGCUACUAAACUAAAAGAUUCUGUACCAUUAGAUGAAUCUGAAGCGUUUUCACUUUACCUGAAAUUAAUUCAUUACAUGCGAGUAAUGUUCGUUAAGUGCAAAUUAAUCCACGCGGAUCUAUCUGAGUUUAAUUUAUUACUUGAUUCAAAAAAAGAAUUAUAUGUUAUUGAUGUUUCUCAAUCAGUUGAGCAAGCACAUCCAAAUGCUCUUGAAUUUCUUCGAUUGGAUUGCCGCAAUGUAACAGAUUAUUUUGCGAAACGGUAUACACUAAAAACAAUCUUAACAAUGCAACAAUUGUUCAAUUAUAUAACAGAUCCAACAAUUACUGAUUCAAAUGAACAAGCUUAUCUCGAUAGAAUCAUGGAACAAGCUGAACAUCGAUCAGCCAAUGAAACAACCGACGAAGUCGAUGAAAGAGUGUUUGAACGGAUAUUUAUUCCACAAACAUUAGAUGAUAUAUGUGAAACGUCAUCAAAAGAUUUUCGUCAAUUAUCAACUAUAUUAGGAAUGAACGAAACAAUGACGGAAGCUCGCUUAGUACCGAAAAUUCUCGAAGACGAAAACGAUGAUUCAAAUAGUAUUACUAGUUCUUCAAGUUCCGAUGAUGAUGAUGAUGAUUCAAGUGAUUAUGCAUCAGCAAAAGAAGAUCAAGAAGAACAAUCGCUAGCAAAAGGAAAUGUUAGACCUCGAGAUGAAUCGCCAACAUCGAAACGACUAAGAAAACAAGCAAUAAGAGAAGAGAAACGAGAAAAAAGAAAAACGAAAAUACCAAAACACGUGAAGAAAAGAGCAGAAAGGUUAGGUGGAGAUAAAAGAAAAAGAAAAGGAUAA